CCCCACCCGCGCGGAGCGAAAGAAGAGGCGGUUGUCAAGGCGACGUGGGUAGGAGGAGAAGAGGACGGAGGGAGGAGGAAGGAUGGGCGGCCUUGGCGUAGCCGCAGGGAGGUGACUGAAGCGAGCCCAGCCCCUUGCAUCCUCCCCCUGUGUACCUCCCUCCCCUUUUUUUCCGCCGGCUGCCAGCAGAAGCGGCGGCCGCAGCACCUGAGCCACUACUCCCGCUCACUCAGGACAACGCUAUGGCUGAGCCCGGGCACAGCCACCAGCCCUGUGCCAGAGGCAGGGGAAGGAAUGAGAGGCACACAUUCCGGCUUCUGCGGCUGCUGCUCUGGGCUGGGACCGCCUUCCAGGUGAUCCGGGGAACGGGACCGGAGCUUCACGCCUGCAAAGAGUCUGAGUACCACUAUGAGUACACCGCGUGUGACAGCACGGGUUCCAGGUGGAGGGUCGCCGUGCCGCACACCCCGGGCCUGUGCACCAGCCUCCCCGACCCCGUCAAGGGCACCGAGUGCUCCUUCUCUUGCAACGCCGGGGAGUUUCUGGACAUGAAGGACCAGUCCUGCAAGCCGUGCGCUGAGGGCCGCUACUCCCUGGGCACGGGCAUCCGGUUCGACGAGUGGGAUGAGCUGCCCCACGGCUUCGCCAGCCUCUCCGCCAACAUGGAGAUCGACGACAGCAUCUCUGAGUCCACCGAGAACUGCACUUCGUCCAAGUGGGUCCCCCAGGGUGACUACAUCGCCUCCAACACGGACGAAUGCACAGCCACGCUGAUGUACGCCGUCAACCUGAAGCAGUCCGGCACUGUUAACUUCGAAUACUACUACCCCGACUCCAGCAUCAUCUUCGAGUUUUUUGUUCAGAACGACCAGUGCCAGCCCAAUGCGGAUGACUCCAGGUGGAUGAAAACCACGGAGAAGGGAUGGGAAUUCCACAGUGUCGAGUUAAAUCGAGGCAAUAAUGUCCUCUAUUGGAGAACCACAGCCUUCUCGGUGUGGUCCAAAGUUUCCAAGCCUGUGCUGGUGAGAAACAUCGCCAUAACAGGGGUGGCCUACACUUCAGAAUGCUUCCCCUGCAAACCUGGCACAUAUGCAGCCAAGCAGGGCUCCUCUUUCUGCAAACUUUGCCAAGCCAACACUUAUUCAAAUAAAGGAGAAACUUCUUGCCAUGAGUGUGACCCUGACAAAUACUCAGAAAAAGGAUCCUCCUCCUGCAAAGUGCGCCCAGCCUGCACCGACAAAGAUUAUUUCUACACACACACAGCCUGCGAUGCCAACGGAGAGACGCAGCUCAUGUACAAAUGGGCCAAGCCAAAAAUCUGUGGCGAGGACCUUGAGGGGGCAGUGAAACUACCUGCCUCUGGCAUGAAGACCCGCUGCCCACCCUGCAACCCGGGCUUCUUCAAAACCAACAACAGCACCUGCGAGCCCUGCCCGUACGGCUCCUACUCCAACGGCUCCGAUUGUACCCACUGCCCAGCUGGGACUGAACCCGCGGUGGGAUUUGAAUACAAAUGGUGGAACACACUGCCCACGAACAUGGAAACGACUGUUCUCAGUGGGAUCAACUUUGAGUACAAGGGCAUGACAGGCUGGGAGGUGGCUGGUGAUUACAUUUAUACAGCUGUUGGAGCCUCAGACAAUGACUUCAUGAUUCUCACUCUGGUUGUGCCAGGAUAUAGACCUCCAGAGUCGGUGAUGGCAGACACAGAGAAUAAAGAGGUGGCCAGAAUCACAUUUGUCUUUGAGACCAUCUGUUCUGUGAACUGUGAGCUCUACUUCAUGGUGGGCAUGAAUUCUAGGACCAACACUCCCGUGGAGACGUGGAAAGGUUCCAAAGGCAAGCAGUCCUAUACCUACACCAUCGAGGAGAACGCCACCAUGAGCUUCACCUGGGCCUUCCAGAGGACCACUUUUCAUGAGGCAGGCAGGAAGUAUACCAAUGAUGUUGCCAAGAUCUACUCUAUCAACAUCACCAAUGUCAUGGAUGGGGUGGCCUCCUACUGCCGUCCCUGUGCCCUAGAAGCCUCUGACACGGGCUCCUCCUGCACUUCUUGUCCUGCUGGUUACUACAUUGACCGAGAUUCAGGAAUCUGCCAGUCCUGCCCCCCUAACACAAUCCUGAAAGCCCACCAGCCUUAUGGUGUCCAGGCCUGCGUGCCCUGUGGUCCAGGGACCAAGAGCAACAAGAUCCAUUCUCUGUGCUUCAACGACUGCACCUUCACACGCAACACCCCAUCCAGGACUUUCAACUACAACUUCUCCGCUUUGGCAAACACUGUCACUCUGGCUGGAGGGUCAAGCUUCACUUCUAAAGGGCUGAAAUAUUUCCAUCACUUUACCUUCAGUCUCUGCGGAAACCAGGGUAAGAAAAUGUCCGUGUGCACCGACAAUGUCACUGACCUCCGGAUUCCUGAGGGUGAGUCAGGGUUCUCCAAAUCCAUCUCGGCCUACGUCUGCCAGGCGGUCAUCAUCCCCCCAGAGGUGACAGGCUACAAGGCUGGGGUAUCCUCCCAGCCCGUGAGCCUCGCUGACCGACUUAUCGGGGUGACAACAGAUAUGACUCUGGAUGGAAUCACCUCCCCAGCCGAACUUUUCCACCCGGAGUCCUUGGGAAUACCGGACGUGAUCUUCUUUUAUAGGUCCAAUGAUGUGACCCAGUCCUGCAGUUCUGGGAGAUCAACCACCAUCCGUGUCAGAUGCAGUCCACAGAAAUCUGUCCCGGGAAGUCUGUCGCUGCCAAGCUCGUGCUCCGACGGGACCUGUGAUGGCUGCAACUUCCACUUCCUGUGGGAGACCGUGGCCGCUUGCCCACUCUGCUCAGUGGCUGACUACCACGCUAUCGUCAGCAGCUGUGUGGCUGGGAUUCAGAAGACUACUUAUGUGUGGCGAGAACCAAAGCUAUGCUCCGGUGGCAUCUCUCUGCCUGAGCAGAGAGUCACCAUCUGCAAAACGAUAGAUUUCUGGCUGAAAGUGGGCAUCUCUGCCGGCACCUGCACCGCCAUCCUGCUCACCGUCUUGACCUGCUACUUCUGGAAAAAGAAUCAAAAACUAGAGUACAAGUACUCCAAGCUGGUGAUGAAUGCUACCCUCAAAGACUGUGACCUGCCAGCAGCUGACAGCUGUGCCAUCAUGGAAGGCGAGGAUGUAGAAGAUGACCUCAUCUUUACUAGCAAGAAGUCACUCUUUGGGAAGAUCAAAUCAUUUACCUCCAAGAGGACUCCUGAUGGAUUCGACUCGGUGCCACUGAAGACAUCCUCAGGAGGCCCAGACAUGGACCUGUGAAAGGCACCGCCCUCCUCACCUUGGCACGUCACCUUGCAAGCUUGUGGCGAUUUGGGUGCCUGCAGCCUGCAACACCCACUGCUGGAAAACUCUUCAUUGUGGCCUUAUCAGAAGAAUUUUGAAUUUCAGAUAUUUGGUUUUUUUUAUAGAGUACCCAAACUCUCCUUUCUGCUUGCCUCCAACCUGCCAAAUAUACACACUUUAUUUGUAAAUUAUUCCCAUGCUUGCAUUUUGUUUCCCAAAAUGGCCCAUCCGCCAGAGCCAUAGCUUUGUCUGACCAAAAUUCUUACAGCUCUGAAUUCUCUCCUAAGUAUAGAAACUACUUUCUCUGUCCUCUUAUUUAAGGGCAGAAACAUCUGGGGGUUUGCUGACCGUUAUGCCCUCAGCUCAUGAUCUCUUUGGGAGAGAGGCUGGGGGGGGAUCGGGGUUCCCUGAUGGACAGUCUUCAUGGUAGCCGGGAUUCACUUCUCCUGGAUAGCCAGCUAGAACUGAGAUAAUGGGUAGUCUGAGGGCAAGGUGAGUAAGGCCUUGCUAAGCACAAGAGAGGCACUAAGGGGUUUUUGUUUUUUAAACUAGAUACCUCAUUCCCUCCUCUUAAGUAAGUGAUAAAUAUUCUCACUGAAGCCAAAGGAAAAAGUUCAUCAAGGAAAUGCCCAAAGCCCUGGUGGAUCUGUUCUCUUGAUUUUCUUUUCACCUCCCACUCUCUCCCUGUGACAAUAAAGAGAACCAGGUAAGCUCCAAGCCCAAAGCUCCAAACCCAGAACCAGGUAAGCUCCAAAUCUAGUUUUAUCCUCUGUUGGCUUUUACCCAUAGAGAGAGCAAAUCCCUACAAAUGAGGAAAAUUCUCCACCCUUGAGUGCCCUAGCCCUAGAGGCUUGGCCAGGGGUAUCUUCUUUCAAAAGAGCACAGGGAGGCCAGGUUUUAACGGGGCCAUCCUGGGGAAUCCAGUCCACAAUGGCAUGGGACUGAGGUGGCCUUGAUGCCUGCUUCCAAGCUUAAUUUACCUGCUCAGCCACAGAAUAAUGUCUAGGCUGGUCAAAAAAUGAAUUGAAUUCCAGGGCUAUACCCCAGUGGCAGAAUCAGACCAGUCUUCACAGAGGGAAGGCUAGGAGGGAAGGCUAGGAGGGAAGGCUAGGAGAGUUUAACAAGGUAUUUACCUAACCAGGAUAUUUCUUUUUCAAGCUCGUUUCUUUCCCUUUUUCAAAUUUUCAUUUCCUUUGUGUGCUAAAAAAACUAAAAAGACCAUGGGUCCUAAUUUCCGGCAACAUUCCUUCCUCAAAAGGUGAGUAGAGUGGGUGUCCUCUGUGCCUCUUUCCCCCACUUUUACACCAACUAUAAUUGGUGAACUUUAAGUACCUAGAAUGGUAAAACCAGAGCAAGACUUUAAAUUACCUUCUUCCUUCUACCACUGGCAGUUCUCCCUCCCUAUCAGCCUAGGGAUGACCAGCCCUGGUCAAGCCCAGUUGCCCGUGGUUUGUGCCUGUGCCCCUUCUCCAGUGACCAUGUGGUGACUAAAUGGUAGAUAUAGAAAUAGUUCGCUCCUCUGAAGAGCCACUGCUGUCCUGGCAAUGGUCUUAUAAGAGCCAGUGAGAACUGGAGCCAUGUGGCAACUUCUGGCCAUCAACAACAUUGGUGAUAGCAAGGAGUUCCUUUGGUUCAAUAAAUCUAGAAGGUUUCCUUUGGGUAUUCAAAUGAUCCCUCCUUUUGUGGGAGUCAGGCUUUCAGAACCUGUGGCCAUGUAGGAAUCUCCCCCAGUAGAUGCAGAUAUGUAGCUCCUGAGCCCCAGCCCAAAGUCUUCUGUAGCCCCGGCAACACCUGGGCAUCUGCCUUCUCACUGAAAAACUUUAUUUUGUGAUAAAAGCCACAGAAGGUCCUUAGAUUAUUCUGGGAACAGUAGGAAAAAAUACCGCUUUGACUUCUUUAUUCUGACUCCUCUGGUUCAGUCCUAAUACCUUAAGGAUCUCCUCUCUACCACCCUUCACUGUGCUGACUCUGACAGGCCUGCCCUGGACCUUGUCAGGAGCUCCUGAGUUAAGCUACUUGCAACUCGGGCAAGUCAGAUUUUUUUUUUUUAACAACUUUAUUGAGGUGUAAUUCACACACCAUUCAAUUUACCCAUUUAAAACAUACAAUUCAAAGGCUUUUAGUAUACUCACAGAGUUGUGCAUCC